UCAAUAUUACGACGACAUAUCUCACUCCGAGGUUUCUUGGGCCUCGUAAAUAGCAACAAUUGAGCCAUCAACUACCUAGCCCGGCCACGUAUCUGGGCAACGACAUAUACUGAAACACCUAUCCUCAACAUCUUCAUCGACGAACUAUCCACUUACAAAAUCACAUAUUAGCAACUAUGGCGGGCCAACGUACGCCUGCGGGCGAGUAUGGCGAGGAAUGGGCCCGAGACCUUCGGGUCCAAUUCGAAGGCUUGUUGCGUGACAAGCGUAUGAAUGAUCUCCGUGCCUCAUCGCGACAAGGCUCUCCGAGCUUGGGAGAGCAGUCUCCCCGUAUGCGAAGCUCUCCGUUCCCCAGCGAUAGCCGACCCUCGACAUCCCAAGGACCUGGUCUUCCCUCUUACUCCGCCCUGCGACAUCUCCCCAAGAUCCCUACACCUCCCGCCGCGGGUGAUCGCGAUUCUCAAAAAUUCAGAAACCUCCUCAUCAGCUUAUCGUUAACACCAACCAAAUAUGAGAACCCCGGUCUGUUGGACGAGGCAUUGCAAACCAUCCCAUUAGAUCGUAUCUAUGGCGAGGCUGAGGAAGAGACUCAGGUCUUACAAGCUCAGGCUGAGAGUAUGGGUGAUGGACGACGACCCGAAUGGGGUUACCAAGACUGUGUCAUCCGGGCAUUAUUAAGAUGGUUUAAGCGAUCGUUCUUUAGCUGGGUCAAUAACCCACCCUGCCCCGUCUGCUUAUCUCCCACCAUCGCCCGAGGCAUGACUGCUCCUUCACCUGAAGAGAGUGCUUGCGGCGCCCUCCGUGUCGAACUGUAUCAAUGCUCUGCUCAACAUUGCGGUGCUUUCGAGCGCUUCCCUCGUUACGGUGAUGUCUGGCGGUUAUUACAAACCCGACGAGGACGUGUUGGCGAAUGGGCCAACUGCUUUAGCAUGCUUUGCCGAGCUGUUGGAGGCCGUGUUCGCUGGGUCUGGAACGCUGAGGACCAUGUUUGGACUGAGGUGUAUUCAGACCACCAAAAGCGAUGGGUUCAUGUGGAUGCUUGUGAGGAAGCAUGGGAUAACCCUCGCCUCUAUGCUGAGGGUUGGGGCAAGAAGAUGUCCUACUGCAUUGCAUUCUCCAUUGAUGGCGCUACUGAUGUCACUCGACGAUACGUGCGCAAGAACCAGCAUGCUGCUGAGCGUAACCGAUGCCCUGAAGAGGUUCUUCUCUAUGUUAUGCAAGAGAUUAAGAACAUGCGCCGAUCCAACAUGAACAAGGACGAGCGAUUCCGAUUGGAGAAGGAAGACAGCCGGGAAGACAACGAACUCCGAGGCUACGUUGUGGCCUCAAUUGCACAGGCCGUAACUGACUUGGUUCCUGGAUCCCCUGGCGGAUCAAACCACACUGGCGCAAGCGGAAGCGAUACCAAGUUGCCUGCUGAGCAACCUGGUCGACAAACUGGCUCUACAGAAUGGUUGACUGCCCAGCAGCAACAAUCUGGUCGAUAUCAACAGCCUCGCGAUCCCAGCCACCGACGCCCAUUGCCUUGAAAGCCGCGCGCAUGUAUCUUGCGACACUUUCAUAGGCAUCGCGUCGGAGUUGCGUGAACGUUGACGCUUCUUGAUGACAAUCAUAGCCAUAUCAUAUCACCACCCGGGCUAAACACAAUAAUACCCGCGCCCGUGGUUUAGUACGAUGAACAACCGAUACCUCGAUGACAGUACCACGGCCCUCAACCAUAC